AUGAACGACAACGUCUCUACCCACACGCCUCUUAUCCCCAUGUCUGAAAUGUUCGGGUCGAACACCAAUGAAACCAGUGAUUCUCGGCAGCCGAUGGAGCAGCAGAAGUCCUCACAAAGAGCUUCGCUUAAGUACGUGCUGGAGAUCAUCGAAAGCGAGUUGGACAGUCUGGCCAAAGUCCAAACGUCUAACAACGAAGAGAUUAAAAAGAGGUUAACCGAAAUCCAGAGCUUCCGCGAGAGCAACCUUGUUGUAGUCGGUGCAAUCAGUGGGCUCAAGAAGAUCAGGGAAAAAAUUUAG